UGUGGCUCCUGAUUUCAGUUCUCUCUCAGCGCGCCGGGAAUCAUUGCCGUAUACGUUUUUCCGUGGAGUUGCGAAAUCGCUUCAAAUAUACAUGCGUAUAUAAGAAGCUGGACGCGAAAUUGACCAAAGGUACAUAGAAUACCAGUGUUAAAUUAGCGAUCGCGAAAUAUGGAUAAUUACACGUCGGACUCAAGCGAUUCGGAUAAUCCAGCGAAAACUUUGGACUUCUCGUAUCUUUCGUUGGACUCGGAUGCUGUGAAUGAACGUUUGGGAUCUAUGAAAGAUCCCGAGAGUGUCGAGACAAUAUUACUCCAUCAGAAUCAAUUGAAUUCCACACCGGGUAACAUAACAAAAUUCACCAAUUUACACCUGCUCGACUUGUCGAAUUGCGGCCUUUCCGAAUUGCCAGACUUUCUAAGCGAUUGCCCGCUCACUACAUUGGUUGCGAAAAAUAACAACCUGUCCAAUGACUCUUUGCCAAAAACAUUUGCCGCUUUUCCAACGCUGAGGGAACUCAAUCUGAGUGGCAAUCGAUUGACCGAAUUUCCUGAACAAGUUUUACAACUAACUGCACUCCGGUAUCUCUACCUUGGAGGCAACGGUAUAUCGAAAAUCACAAAAGAUAUAUGGAAAUUGCAACGAUUGCAAAUUCUAUCGAUGGGAGGAAAUAGUUUAACCGAUGUUCCGUCGACGCUGGGUCAACUGACAACUUUGCAAGCACUGAUUCUCUGCGAUAACAUGCUCGAGAGUUUACCCGGGUCGAUUGCUAAUUUGAAGAACCUGAAAUCGUUGUUAUUACACAAAAACAGGCUCAAAACAUUACCUACAGAAAUAAUAACGCUAAGCUGCCUUACGGAGUUGUCGUUACGUGAUAAUCCUUUGGUGGUUCGAUUUGUGUCUGACAUGACUCAUGAUCCUCCGUCGUUGUUGGAACUGGCGGCACGUGUUAUUAAAAUUAAUAAUAUUCACUACGACAAAAAGGAUCUGCCGAAAAACUUGAAUGACUACCUAAGCAGCGGCCAUUGCUGCGUUAAUCCAAAUUGCAAAGGUGUAUUUUUCAACAAUAGAAUUGAACACAUUAAGUUCGUUGACUUUUGUGGAAAAUAUCGGGUCCCGUUACUGCAAUAUUUAUGCAGUAGCAAGUGCAUUGAUCCAAGAUCAAACAAUGAUGAGAUAGAUAGCAACGGAGUAAUGAUGCGGAAGGUUCUCUUGGGAUGACAAUUGCCGGAGUCCCACUGAUUCCUGGGAUUGCAGCAGUAAACUCCAAUUCUGCUGCACAAAUAUUCACUUGUAGACAUCAGUUCUUGAACCUAUUUAUCGAAUCUCUGUAAUAUAGUGUAACCAUCAACGAUUCCUGCAAUGAUGUAUACAGUAUAUUGUACAUUUAUGAAAAGAGAUAAGUAAAACGAUAAGACUGAUCAUGAAUAUUUUUCCUCAUACACAUAGACGAUUUUUAGCCAAUUCGAUGUAGACAAUAAAAUUGAAGAUCAUUACCGACGAUGACUCGAAAGUAUGAGAGAUAAAUCUUUAAUGGUAAUUAUUACAUUCAGUUUCAAGUGAAUGUAUAAUUGUUAACCUUU